GCACAUAGCUCAAGAGAACUCGAAGCUCGAACUGCAAACAAAAAGAAAACAUAAUAAGGAUUAUUAAUUUAGUAUUUCAAAUUGGAUCUCCGUGCAAUACAAUCAUGUAAAAUUAAGUUUAAAAAUGAAAUAUAUAAAGACAUAAUGUCAUUCAAAACAUCCCAAUCUAUGUAUGUUUGAAGAGAUUCACUACUUGAGAACUUGGGAAUUCGUGUGAAAUGAUUAUCAUAAUACUUCAAACUUUCCCUGAAUGUAUUGGGAAACAUUGCCACUUGGAAAAUGCCUUCUUUGUUCAGCGGCUAUCAUAUUUUCAUAUGCAAGGCGAAUUUGAGUAACUUGAGACGAACAAUGCUUAGUACCAAGGUGAAAGAAAAUGGUGGUUGCAUAUAUGAGAGCAUAGUGCUCUCCAAAGCACCAACUCACAUUGUCAUUGACGAUGCACUGUGUAAUGAUGCUGAUGGAUGUCUGAAUAUACUGAACGAAGCUGGAUAUAGAGAAGGACUGGAGUGUGAAAUUGUUCGGUUGGAAUGGAUAUGUGAAUGUCUAAGCCAGAACUCUCGUUUGAGUUGUAAGCCCUUCCUGGUAAAUCUUGAUUCCAAUGUUACAGCAAAUAAUGUCAAAGACAGCGAUGAGGAGAAAAAUGACAGCGAAACUGAAUUUUCUCAACCAACAGACGAGCCACCAACUAAGAAAUUCAAAGGAGAGGAGGCUCCAAAGUACUUAUGCUCGCUUUCAUCGCUAUCAACAGAUUUGAAAGGCUCUCAGAAUAAGAACCAAGCCGUAAUCACAGAGCUGCAGAAAUUGGCUGAUGCAUUCAGGGCUCGAGGGGAUCAAUGGAGGACGUACAGCUAUGAAAAAGCCAUCAGCGCCAUCAAAAACUACGGCAAGGAAAUAACCAGCUAUGAUGUAAUUAUGUUUAAUGUCAAAUUUAUUAUUAGUGAAAAAUGAAAUAGGCCUAGUCAUCUGGAUUUAGCUUUGAAAAUACAGUAGAAGAAAAAACGAUCCUAGUCAAUUGUUCAAAAGGGAAAUUAAGAUAAAAAUAUAAUUAUAUGAUGUGAAUGAAUUAUAAUUAUCGAAGAGUGACUGUUUCAAGUAAAACCUUUGGGAGGUCUAACACAUUGAACUCUCUCAAUUUCUCAAACUAUUUUUUGCCAAUAUUUUAUUAACAUUUUUUCUGUACCAUAUAGAAUACUAGUUAUGAAUAAAUUAAUGAAUAUGGAAUUUUUCUACAUCCCACUCGGGCUUAUGCCUAGGGUUGUCCACUUUUAUUUCACAAUUUUAUAUUUUUUCUUUGUUAUUUCGUAUUAUGUACGUUUGUAAAAUAAAUGAAUUGAUUGAAUCAAAAUAGUCCAAUCCUUUAGUAAUUCCUUGAAUGAAAGUUAUGCGUAUUGCUUUUCUCCAGAAUUAUUAUAAUACAGUACCGUAUUGCCUAAGUAUAGGUUUUCCUUAUAAUCAAUCAUAAUAAUU